AUGCUUGAACGAAGAUGUGUUGAUGUAUGUUGCGUACAAGAGGUAAGGUGGAGAGGAGCUUUAGCCAGAGUCCUCACAGGCAAAGCAUAUAGGUAUAAACUCAUCUGGGAAGGUAACAGCGAUGAAAUAGGGGGCAUGGGCAUACUUCUUGCAGAGAAAUGGGUGGAUAAGGUCAUAGAAGAAGUCAAAGUGUGCGAUAGAGUACUUAAACUCAGGCUAGUCUUGAAGAAUGGUAUAGCUACAAUUAUCUCUGCCUAUGCCUCACAAGCAGGCUUACCAAAUGAACAGAAGGAUCACUUUUAUGAUAUUCUUCUGCAGGUUACCUCAAAGACAAGUGACAAUGAUCUCAUCUUUAUGGCUGGAGAUUUUAAUGGGUAUCUUCUAGAGUUAACAUAG